AUGUCUCUCCCUAAAAUCCAAAUAGAAGAGGCAUUGGAGAGCACAGACACCAGCUCAGGGGGUGCUGUUCCUCCCGAUGAUCACCUGAGGAGCCUCAAGGCAUUGACGGAGAAGCUGAGGCUGGAAACCAGGCGCCCGUCCUACUUGGAGUGGAAGGCAAAGCUGGAAGAGCAGGCAUGGAAAAGCCCCCAGCCAGCUGGAGAGGAAGAGGUGAACGAGGCCAAAAAGACCACAGAGGAGACUAUCCCUCUAAGGAAAGUGCAGCUACAGCUCAGUGGGAGCUCUUCCCAGGACAAGGUGACUCUUACCUCAGGGAAAAUAGGUGAUUUUGAGAGCAUCGAUGAAGCUUUGACUUGGCUCAGGAAGGAGCUGGCAGAAAUGCGCCUACAGGACCAGCAGCUGGCGAGGCAGCUCAUGCGUCUUCGCAGCGAUAUCAACAAGCUGAAAAUUGAGCAGACCUGCCACCUGCACCAGCGCAUGCUCAAUGAUGCCACAUAUGAGCUGGAGGAGAGAGAUGAGCUCUCUGACCUCUUCUGCGACUUCCCUCUUAUGACCUCCUUCAGCCUCUCCACACCACUCAAGCUCAUCGGGGUCACCAAGAUGAAUAUCAAUUCCCGCCGGUUCUCACUGUGCUAA